UUAUUUUCAUUUCGCCACCGUUGCUCUGGGGAAAGCUUGACAGAUGUCAAAUCGUUUACAUCAUUUACAUGUUUUUAUACCACAGCGCUGUCAAAUUCUCAAAUCAGAUUGCUCAGAAGGCGUUUUUCUUUUUUUUUCUUCUUUUUUUUGUAACCCGCAGCUCUGAGUCGUGAUGGCUGUAAUUCAAAUCACAGAUUUUUUAUUAAUGUGCUUGUUACAAUGUGUCAUCUUUUCAAUAGGGACCUGUAUAAUGGAUACUCCAUACAAACAUAUUUUAAAAAUGUGCAAUUGUUGAUAUGGUGCAGUUUUAUAAAGAUCCUUGAAGUUUUCCAACAUUGGAAAGUCUGCAGGAUGGAGGGCAUUGAAGUGCUUUGUCUUAUUAACUUAAAAAGAAAGGCUGGUGAAGGUACGACUGUUUAUAGUUGCUAUUUUGUAAGUGAUAACCGGCACUAACUUUUUGUGGACGUUCCACAACAAUAAAUGGAACUAUAAAGCGUAUAAAACGUACAUGUCAUUCUUUAAUAAAGAACAAAGUGUACAGUAAUUGUUGGCAAAUUGCUGUAGAAUAAGAGGACAUACUGUGGUAUACAACACUUCGUGACAUGUUAUCGUUGAAUAAUCAGCUUCUGCGUGGCAACAGGAACUCUGCUUAGUGCCGAGACACAUUGCAUCACCCUGUCAUUGCUUCUUUUCUUAUAACGUUACACCACAAAGUUUUUAUUUAUUUUUAUUAUUAUUCCUUACUUUACCAUUUCUGUUGAUUGUAUUAAACCAGUCCCAGUUUUCCAAGCAGGUUUUCUCAGCCACAUAAUACACUUAUGCUAGUAAAAGGAUUUAAUGAUCAUGUUCAACGUAGACCAAUCAGCCAUAACAUUAAAACCACUCACAGGUGAUGUCAAUGACAUUUGAUUAUCUUGUUACAAUGGCACCUGUCAAUGGGUGGGAUAUAUCAGGCAGCAAGUGAGCAGUCAGUUCUUGAAGUUGAUGUGUUGGAAGCAGGAAAAAUGAGCAAGUGUAAGGAGCGAUUUUGUCAAGGGCCAAAUUGUGCCGGCUAGACAACUGGGUGAGAGCGUCUCCAAAAUGGCAGGUCUUGUGGGGUGCUCCUGGUAUGCAGUGGUUAGUACCUACCAAAAGUGCUCCAAGGAAGGAUAACCGGUGAACCGGUUCUGGUCUGAUCCCUUAGAAGAGCUACUGCAGUACAAAUUGCUGAAAUGGUUCAUUCUGGCUAUGAUAGGAAGACGUCUUGUGGAGUCCAUGCCUCGCGGGUCAGAGUUGUUUUGGUGGUACAAGGAGGACCUACACAUAAAGAGGUGAUUUUAAUGUUAUGGCUAAUCGAUGUAUAUUCAACGUUAUGUGUACUAGUAAAAAAAUAAUUAAGGAUCUACUAUUGUACUUUUAAUGAUUUCUGUCUCUAUAACAGCCAGUGUUAAGUUUUUUUAUUUGUCUCUCUUUUGUGGGUAUUUAAACAUUUCAUCAUGCUCAUCUGAUGACGCACGAUGGAGGAAUAUUUCAGUGUUUAUUUGUUAGUUUGUUAAUGAAGUUCUUCUUUGGAGGUAUCGGCAAUGACAGGUUAACUAUUUCUGUCUUCAAAAACGUGAUCCAGCUGAUAUUUGAACUCUGCAAAUGAAGCCAGACUAAUCACCCUUUUCAUUAGACAGCAUGUAUUUGACCACAUGGCAGGUCUUAGAUGAACUGUAAACAAACAUUUGCAAAUAAUACACUUGUGGGUCAUUAAGAGUGUCUCAGCUGUCUAUACUGUGCCUAUAUGUACAGGUCUGAAUACAAUCUGUAUUUAUAUACGGGAAUAUAUCCAGAAUGAUAUAGCAAAUUUAAAACAACAACAACAAAAAAAAGACACCACCACAAAACUCGGUGAAUUUAAAUCAUUUCACCAAAAUCUCUUCUCGUGUCGUCAUGACGCCCUGAUUUCCGUCAGCACAGGCCCCGCCCACCGGCGAGCGCGCACACACAUUCCCAUUGUCCAAGAUGGCGGCGUAGGUGCAGCGGAUACGAUGCUUAUGUUUUUAUCGCGUUUUUACCGUUGUUAUUAUUUUCUUCACUGCUCGCUGAACGCUCCUUUGCUGUGCGAACGCGCGUUACGCUUUCCCCACUCAACAUCUUGAUGUGCAACGCGUCGAAAACCGCGGACUUUGUUGUGCAUCCGGUCUGGAUUCUGUUUGGCUCGGGAAAAAGUUUGAGCAUCCGAAAAUGAAAAGGCAGGCCGAGCGGGACUCCAGUCCGAGCAGAGCUCUCGCUAAACGGAUACGGGAGAGAGAACGAGACCGCGAAGGGAGCCGGCGGGAAGAUGCAGUAGUCGUUAAUCCGCCGCCGCUCGCGCUGCUGCUCGCCGAGAGUCGGAGCUACCAAAAACAGCAGCAGCAGCUGCAGCGCGCGCGAAGCCGCAGCGGCGAGCGCGAGAAGCCCCGUGCGCGGGAAGAGCGAGCAGGCCUUCUCCCGCGGCCUCCGUCCAUCCUCCCGAAAAGCAAAGCCGCCGUCGCUGACGCGCUCGGUAGCAGCAGAGGCACAAGCGGCCUGGAAUACAAGACAUUACUCAUUAGUAACUUGGGCUCGCAGCUGUCUGACGAGCACGUGGAGGACGGGUUGUUUCACGAGUUCAAGAAGUUCGGAGACGUUAGCGUUAAGCUCUCGCACACGCCCGAACUGGGCCGGAUCGCCUACGUGAAUUUCCGGCAGCCGGAGAGCGCGCGAGAGGCUCGCCACGCCAAGGCCAGGCUCGUGCUGUAUGACCGGCCGCUCAAAAUUGAGCCCAUGUACGUGCGGCGUCGCAGCCUCACGCCGCCUGACGUCGCCUACGUGCCUCUGCCUGGUCCGUAUCCCUAUAGGCAACGGUCUCUCUCUCCUGGAGCCAGCGCGAUUAGAGACGUGAGAACUAGACAUUAUGUGGAUAGUCUGAGUCUGCGGGAACGGGAGCGUGUUUUGGACUACUACAGUGCUUUGGAAGAGCGAAGCCGUGCCUUUGCAUACCCCCUGCCCGAGGACGAUUUAAUGCCUGAGGAUGACCAGCGUGCCACCAGGAACCUGUUCAUCGGUAACCUGGACCACAACGUGUCUGAAGCAGAGCUGCGUCAAGGUUUCGACAAGUAUGGCAUUAUCGAGGAGAUUGUCAUCAAACGGCCUGCUCGUGGACAAGGCUGCGGCUAUGGGUUCAUCAAGUUCCAGAACCUGGACAUGGCGCACAGAGCCAAAGUGGCCAUGCAGGGCCGUGUGUUUGGUGGAAACCAGGUGAAGAUUGGCUAUGGCAAGGCCAACCCCACCACGCGCCUCUGGGUAGGUGGUUUGGGCCCGAACACCUCGCUGGCUGCUUUGGCACGAGAAUUUGACCGUUUUGGCAGCAUUCGCACUAUUGAUUAUAUGAAAGGGGACAACUUUGCUUACAUUCACUAUGAGAGCCUGGAUGCUGCCCAGGCGGCAUGUGCCCAGAUGCGAGGUUUCCCUCUGGGUGGCCGCAGGCUACGCGUUGACUUCGCCAAAGCAGAGGAGACACGAACCUAUCCGCAGCAGUACCCACCGCCCAUCCCGCUGCCCGCACAUUAUGAUAUUUUAGCUGAGGGUUUUGGUCGCCAUCGGAGCCUGGAGAGGGAACUUAGAGCACGAGCCCGCUCACCUUCCCAUCCUCUUUAUGCAGAAAGGGAACGAGAACGAGGGCUCCCCGAACGAGACUGGAGUCCUCCGAAGGGUACAGAGCGGAGGAGUAACCCAGAAGCCUUUGGUCGUACAAGAGCACGCAGUCGUAGCAGAGAGCGCUGGGCAAAAGGCUGGGAAGAAAGGCGCAAGCGCCGGAGCCGAACUCGGAGUCGGAGUGUCAGUCCUGCUGAGCAGUAUGAAGAAAGAGGGCGGUCCAGGGUGCGAGCAGGUCCUCCAAGGACUCCAGACGACAGCCCCGAACGAACUCGCGGCCGCCUCCCUGACUCCACGUCCGAUCCGCUAGACCACACGCCUGACAGCAGUCGCCAUUCGAGCGACGAGCGACAAACGCAGGAUGCUCGGAAAGCUGGAGAUCCCGAGCGUAACCAUCGCAAAGCUGAUACAGAACCAGACUCACACUCGGAAAAGCCCAAAAGCGAACCUAAGAAGCCCAGCACGCUCUCGGAAUACGCCCAGACCCUCAGCCGAGUGUGGCACGGCUCCCUCGUCCUGAAAAACAGCUGCUUUCCCACUAGCAUGCAUCUCCUAGAUGGAGGAGCCAACUUCUUCCUGUCGCUUCUGAAGGACCAGACAGACAGCGGCAAGAUCACACAGCUCAAGAUCGCUCAGCGACUGCGGCUCGACCAACCCAAGCUGGAUGAAGUGAGUCGUCGCAUCAGGCUGGGAGGUGCUGAUGGCUACACCGUCCUUCUGGCCGUACAGGGACCCAUGGAUCGUGACUCGCCCCCGCCCGAUGGGCUCCAGAAGCGCUUCCUUCGCAACCUGGUGACCUACCUCAGGAGCAAACAAGCAGCUGGGGUUAUCGGUCUGCCUCUGGGCGGCCCGAAAGAACGUGAGACAGGAGGGAUGCUAUAUGCGUUCCCGCCCUGUGACUUCUCCCAGCAAUACCUCCAGACUGUUCUCAAAACGUUGGGCAAAGUAGAGGAAGAACAUCUGGUUGUUGUGGUGGUUAAAGACUCAACUCAACCCUAACCGUUGGGAUCUACUGUUUUCUUUCGAAAACACACAAGCGUACAUUUCUAACACUCCAGACUUUCAAGUUCCAGGCGUUUUUUUUUUUUUUUUUUUUUUUGAUGGAUUAUGCUUGAUACCGUUCACAAACAUUCACCAACCUUGAAGUUCUAAAGUUCUCUGUACACACUAUUUUAAAGCAACUUACAUUUGUUUU